GUUGUUGUGGGUUGGUCGCUGAGCUGUGUGUCCAUGAGAUGAGGAGCGCGAUGUGUCCGGUGUAGCAUGGCAGGCAUCCGGGGAAAUGCCGAACUUCCCGCUGAACACGCCUCCUCGGGGAGCCUGCUCGGUCCCGGAGAGCAGUGGCGCCCCCUGCAGGCAGACCCCAUGGAGACACACUCGCAUAGGCAGGAGAACGAGCUGCAGGUCCUGGAGGCCAUCUAUGGGAAGGACUUUACUGACCUGCGGAAAAGUUCUGCCUGGAAGGUCAAGCAGCCACCUGAAGUUACCCUCUCGUUACGCCCUCAAUGUAAUGAGUUCUAUGUACAACUGGACCUUUGGGUAAAAUGUCCACAGAGGUACCCUGACGUCCCGCCUGAGGUACAGCUGAAGAAUGUGAAGGGGUUAUCAAAGGAAAAUGUGAAUUCCUUGACUUCCAGUUUGGAGGAACUCGCCAAAACACUUUGUGGUGAGGUGAUGAUUUAUCAGCUCGCUGACCAUGUGCAGACUUUCCUGACUGAACAUAACCAGCCGCCUCCCAAGUCAUUUCAUGAGGAGAUGUUGAAGAACCUACAGAGACAGCAGGAGAAAAUUGCUUUGGAAGAAGAAAAACGAAUCCAAGAGCUGAAAAGGAGAGAGGAGCAGACGAGACGUGAAAUCCUUGAUGAAAUUCAAAGGAGGGAAGAAGAGAAAAAGGAGGAGAGAAGAAGGAAAGAGAUUGAAAAGCAGGAACGACUUGAAAGUGCCAACCUAACUUGCCAGGAAAAUUCAACCAAGACUGUUAAUAAUGGAGGGCCUAAGGCACCAACUACUAAUGGAGGGCUUGCUGACCAUGGAGGAACUAACAGGACUCGCACUACCUCUGUUGGGCGAUCCAAGCGUGACCGACCGUAUUCUGUGAGCAGUGAUGAGUCUGCAUCAAAUUACGAAGUUUUGACGUUUGACAUUUGUUGCAGCGGCCAUUUGGUUGUACACAGGGGAAAGUGUCUAGGAAAAGAUGAGCAGCUGGGCAAGUCUAUUUAUAAUGGCUUAGAAAUGUCAUCUGGACAUUUUGUUGUCAUUUAUGAAUGGGUUCUACAGUGGCAAAAGAAGAUGGGCAAAUUUCUUACCAGCCAGGAAAGCGAAAAAGUUGACAGGUGUAAAAAACAGGUUCAAGGUACGGAAGCAGAGUUUAAUUCCCUCAUCAAGCUCAGUCAUCCGAAUAUUGUGCAUUAUCUCGCUAUGCGAGUUAAUGAGAAUGAAGAUUCCAUUUCUGUCGGAAUCGUAGCUGAACAUGUGAAUGGUUCUAAGCUUUCCGGCUUCCUUGAGCAGGAAAUUCCAGUUCCUGUGGAUCAGCUUAGACACUAUACAACACAGCUUCUAUCUGCGCUGGACUAUUUGCAUAGCAAUUCAGUGGUACACAAAGUAUUAUGUGCUUCUAGUGUACUGGUGACCGGUGACGGGAGAGUCAAGCUGACGGACUAUAGCCUUUCCAAGCGGCUUGCUGACAUCUGCAAAGAGGAUGUCUUUGAACAGACCAAGGUCCGUUUCAGUGAGGAUGCUCUCCCAAGCAAAACUGGCAAGAAAGGAGACACGUGGAAGCUUGGUCUUCUGCUGCUGUCACUAAGUCAAGGGAAGGUAGCCAAAGAAUAUCCAGUUAAAGUACCUAGUGACCUGCCUUCUGAUUUUCAGGAUUUUUUGAAAAAGUGCGUGUGCUUGGAAGACAAGGAGCGCUGGGGUACUCAGCAGUUAUUGGGGCACAGCUUCAUAAACCCUCCUCCACUAAAAUGUCCUGCGAGUGAAGACAGCCCAGAUGAUUACACAGGUGUCGAAUGCACAGAGACUGUGAUACCGAGCAAUUCCUUAUUAAAUGCUGCAUUCCAUAUAGAAUCACAGAGACAGCUUUCUCGCUACUUCAAUGAGUUUGAGGAGUUACAGAUGCUCGGUAGAGGGGCAUUUGGAGCAGUUAUUAAGGUUCAGAACAAGCUUGAUGGCUGCUAUUAUGCUGUCAAGCGAGUUCAGAUUAAUCCUGCCAGCAAACACUUUAGGAGAAUUAAAGGUGAGGUGACGCUGUUGUCUCGACUGAACCAUGAAAAUAUAGUGAGGUACUACAAUGCUUGGAUUGAGAAGCAUGAAAUUCCAUCUUCCAGUGCCUCUAAAGCGGAAACACCAGUAGACAAAAAAGUGGUAGUGAAGCCGGAGCUGGUGGUGAAAAAUGAGUUUGGCCUCGCUGACGACAUAGAGGCCAAUGCUCCUGCCCCCAUAGUGACCAGCUCUGUGGAGUGGAGCACAUCAUGCGAACGAUCAUCAAGUGCACGCUGCAAGAAAUCUGAUCAGGAUUCAAGUGACGAUGAAGAUGACGAUGACGAAGAGGGGUUUUUUUCUCCAUCGUUCUUGCCAGGAACAGACUCUGAUAGUGAGAUUGUUUUUGAAAAUGAGGAUGAGAACAGUCCUGAUCAGGAUGAAGAGUGUGCUGUUGAAGGAUGCAAGGAGUCCCCAUCUGAAAUGUCCAUUCAGACCGUGCAUUACCUUUAUAUCCAGAUGGAGUAUUGUGAGAAAAGCACGUUACGUGACACUAUAGAUCAAGGGUUAUAUCUGGACAACAAUCGCCUGUGGAGACUGUUUAGGGAGAUAUUGGAUGGAUUGGCAUACAUUCAUGAGCAGGGGAUGAUACAUAGGGACUUAAAGCCUGUUAACAUUUUCUUGGAUUCAGAAGAUCAAGUAAAGAUUGGGGAUUUCGGUCUGGCUACAGAUCACCCAGCCUAUAAAACUGAAUCAACACAAGAUGAGGACCAAUCUCGUUGUGAUUGUGCUAAGGUUGACCCUGAAGGGAAACUUACAGGCAUGGUGGGCACAGCUUUGUACGUGAGUCCAGAAGUCCAGGGGAACGCCAAAGCUUCCUAUAAUCAGAAAGUGGACCUGUUCAGCUUGGGAAUUAUAUUAUUUGAGAUGUCUUACAGACCUAUGGACACAAGUUCUGAAAGGAUUUCUGUAUUGAGCAUGCUGAGACAGCCUUCUAUAGUUUUUCCGAAUGAUUUUGAGAAGCCAGAAGCUGAGAAGCAGAGAAAAGUCAUUACCUGGCUUCUGAACCAUGAUCCCGCAGCCCGACCCACGGCAAUGGAGCUUCUGAAAUGUGACCUCUUGCCACCACCACAGCUCGAAGAGUCUGAGCUCCAUGAAGUUCUCCAUCACACCUUGGCCAAUAUAGAUGGAAAAGCCUAUCGCACAAUGAUCAGUCAGAUAUUUUCUCAACGCAUUUCACCUGCUAUGGACUACACGUAUGAUAGUGACAUUUUUAAGGGUAGUUUCACAGUCCGGUCCGCUAGGAUACAUCAUCAUGUGUGUGAGACAGUGUGCCGUGUAUUUAAAAGACAUGGAGCAGUAAAAUUACAUACUCCAUUGUUAAUGCCUCGAAACAAGAUGGUGUCAGAAAGUGGUGAAUCUGCGUGUUUCAUGGACCACAGCGGCAUGCUUGUGACACUGCCGUACAAUCUCAGGAUCCCGUUUGCACGAUUUGUUGCACGAAACAACAUAAACAACUUAAAAAGAUACUGUAUCGAGCGAGUAUUUAGGCCUCGGAAACUGAACCGCUGUCAUCCAAAGGAACUUACAGAAUGUGCGUUUGAUGUGAUCACCUCAUCUGUUAACAGCUACUUUCCAGUCACAGAGACUAUGUAUACUAUAUAUGAGAUUAUCCAGGAGUUUCCGGUAUUACAGGAGAGAAAUUACAGUAUUCACCUAAACCACACAUCUUUAUUAAAAGCCAUUUUACUCCAUUGUGGUGUGCCAGAAGAUAAACUCAUGCAAGUGUACACCAUUCUGUAUGAUGCAAUGAUUGACAAACUUACUAAAAGGGAAGUGGAAGCCAAGUUUUGUAACCUCUCACUUUCAAAGAACAAUUUUCAGCUGAAUCGUCUGUAUAAGUAUAUUGAGCAGAAAGGAGAGCUUCAAGAGCUGGAAGCCACGAUGGCCUCACUGACAAAGCAGAAAUCAGCAGUUGGCGUGUUGGCAAAGCAAGGACUGAAAGACCUGGAGGAAGUUAUUGGAUUAGUCAAGAAGAUGAACAUUAAGCUCCAGGUCGUUGUGAAUUUCGGUCUGGUCUAUAAGAUGCAGCAGCACAAUGGGAUCAUUUUUCAGUUUGUUGCAUUCAUCAAGCGCCGACAGAGAACCGUUCCGGAGAUCCUGGCAGCCGGGGGCAGAUAUGACCAUCUGAUUUCACAGUUUAAAGGACUUCAGACGGGAUCCUUUGCUGUACCCUGUGCGGUUGGCAUUAGCAUAGCUAUAGACAAGAUCUCUGCUGCACUUUCCAGCGCUGAUGAAAAUGUGAGCAGCUGUGACCUGCUUGUUGUGAGUGCUGGCCAGAUGUCUGUGAACAGGGCUAUUGGCAUCAUUCAGAAGCUGUGGACCGCUGGCAUCACAGCCGAGAUAAUGUAUGACUGGUCUGAGUCACAGGAUGAGCUGCAGGAACUUUGCAGAUUGUCUGGGAUUCCUUUUGUUGCUAUUGUCUCUGAUAAAGAAGGGAGUCACGUGAAGCUGAAAGCAUUUGAGAAGGAGCGUCAGACUGAGAAGAGGAUCCUGGAGUCAGAUCUUGUGGAUCACCUGUUACAAAAGCUCCGACUCCGAGGGCAGGAAGAGAGAAAUAACAGAGAAAUGCUGGAUACGCUGUCUGGGCAGAAUCUGAAGGGAUCCUUCUCAAGCACACAGAGCCAGUCUGAGCAGCACAGCAGUGCUGUAAAACUAAGUGUCAGUAUCGUUGCCCCAGAGAGGUUAUCUGCAAGUACGAGACGGCGUUAUGAAACUCAGGUUCUUUCUAAACUUCAAACUUCUAUUACAAACCUCCAACAAAGAAAUACAGAAAUUGAAAUUCUGGCAGUAGAUCUACCAAAAGAAGCAAUACUAAAUUUAUUAUCAUUGGAGUUUGUAGAUGAACAAACAUUCAAUGCAUCGGUGAAGCAAGUCAUGUGUAAAUUGCCAAAACAGAGAUACCUAAAGGAAAUCUUCGAUGAAAUUUGUAGCAUAAAGAUUGAGAGGCGGGUGCCGGUACUUAUGCUGUACAGUUAUAGAGAUGAUUACUACAAGGUUCUCUUUUAAGUCAGCGCCAGCCUUAGAGGGACGUGCAAUCUUACCUUUAUAGUAUUCUCAAACUUGAGGAUCCAGAUUGUGCCGUUAGCGGGUGACCCCCAUUUCUGUACAGUAACAGGAACACAUGGGACCAGCCAUAUCAUUGACCCCCUGCAGCUAACACACAAUGCUAAGCAGAGUAGGGCUACAAACUGUGAACGCUUACCUAGAAAUAAUGUGGCAGCGCCAGGGAGUGGACGCCCACAGCUGCUGCAGCACUGCUUUUCAUUUAUAGAAAGACAAAGGAAGGUUUCUUUGCUUUUAUUGUUUUGUAUACAUUCCUAUUUAGAAAUAAGAUCUUUGCCUGUAUAAAUAUGUAUAAUUUGACAGAAAACAGUUUUUGUUAUAAAUCCUUAGGAACAAUAGUCAGCCAUUCUGCAAGUGAUUUUAAUGUCUUUUUAGGAUGUACAAAAACAUAAUGGACAAGCUGUGUGAAAUAAAAUUCUGACAAAUCCACAACAUUUGUAUAAAGGCGCACCACCACCAAGUGCCAAAUAUAGGACGCUAGUUCCCACGUUAUGUGAGACAUGACUGUCUCUUUGGGUUGGAUAACCUGCCAGCAGUCCUAUGUAAAACCAUAGAUACUGCCAAAAGAAAACUGACUUCUAUCAGACAUUUCAUACAAUAUUCAGGGCUCUUUUUAGCAUUAGACUGGAUAG